CAACCCAGCACACCCCCACUCCCACCGCCCAAUAUAUAAUGAAGGCAGGGCAGGGCUGGGCAGGCAGGGCGUGCUUUGUGCAGACGGAUGAACAAAAAGGAUAGCCAUAUGAUCCAUCCAUACCAACACAACACUUCGAUAUAUUGAAACACGCAGCCCCCUCCGAAAAUUCUUACCUCUUUCCUUUUCGUCCAGUUCCGCACCUCGGACUCAAAUCGCAGAUUCUGUUGUUAACACUUGCCCUUUCUUUCUCCUUUUCCUUGAAAAACGGUAAACCCCGUUCAAGAAUCUUAUGUUCUUCAUGGCUAUUCUUACGUGAAGAUUCUGAGCGCAAGGGGGGCUGUGAGUGUGAGGUGAGUUGCAUGGGUGAGGAUGCCAGAAUUGCGUAGCGGAGCACGGAGAUCAAAACGGCUUGGUGAUCUCCAGCCUGCCCCUCAGCCCACCAAUCAAGAAGAAAAUUUUCUUGCACCUGCUCAGAAUAGAACCAGGAGGAGGGGAAGAGGGAGAGGCAAUGCAACAGCUGUAGCAAAAGGACCUUCUGCAGCAACACCCACUAGACCAACUGCCGCAGGAAGAGGCAGAGGGGUUAGGUUGAUAGAUUUAGACCCAGAGCCACCUUGUGAGGUUCUUCCUCAAGCUGUUGGUGUUGGUGCUGGGGCUGGAACUGCGGAACCUGCUUAUAAUAGAAUAGAGGGAGUCGCAGAUAAGGAAAUUGCCAUGGAUGGUGGGAGCGCUGAUAAAGUAGUCGGAGUUGAAGAAGAAGCCAGUACUACUCCGGUGCCCGAGAGGGUGCAAGUGGGCAAUUCUCCAAUGUAUAAAACAGAAAGGAAAUUAGGUAAGGGUGGAUUUGGCCAAGUUUACGUUGGCAGAAGGGUUAGUGGUGGCACAGAAAGAACGGGACCAGAUGCAAUUGAGGUAGCAUUGAAGUUUGAACACCGAAAUAGCAAGGGUUGCAAUUAUGGCCCUCCAUAUGAGUGGCAGGUGUACAACACCCUGAAUGGAUGUUAUGGAAUCCCAUGGGUGCACUAUAAGGGUCGUCAAGGAGAUUUUUACAUUCUGGUAAUGGACAUGCUUGGGCCCAGUCUUUGGGAUGUUUGGAACUCUUUGGGACAGUCGAUGUCUCCAAAUAUGGUUGCCUGCAUUGCAGCUGAAGCUAUUUCGAUUCUUGAAAAGCUUCAUAUGAAGGGAUUUGUGCAUGGAGAUGUAAAACCAGAGAAUUUUUUACUGGGUCAGCCUGGAACAGCUGAUGAGAAGAAGCUAUUUCUUAUUGAUCUUGGUUUGGCUUCCAGGUGGAAAGAUGCAUCAUCUGGUCAGCAUGUUGACUAUGAUCAAAGACCAGAUAUAUUCAGAGGCACAAUAAGGUAUGCAAGUGUGCAUGCACACUUGGGUCGCACUGGAAGUCGGAGGGAUGAUCUUGAAUCUCUGGCAUACACACUGAUAUUUCUCAUAAAGGGAAGGUUACCAUGGCAAGGUUAUCAGGGCGACAACAAGAGUUUUUUAGUAUGCAAAAAGAAGAUGGCGACUUCUCCAGAAUUGAUGUGUUGCUUUUGCCCUGCUCCAUUCAAACAGUUUCUUGAGGCUGUUACUAAUAUGAAGUUUGAUGAGGAGCCAAAUUACUCUAAGCUGAUCUCCUUUUUUGAAAGUCUCAUUGAACCAUGCACGACACUGAGACCAAUUAGAAUUGAUGGGGCUCUUAAGGUUGGCCAAAAGCGUGGGAGAUUACUUAUUAACUUGGAAGAGGAUGAACAACCAAAGAAGAAAGUACGCCUGGGUAGUCCUGCUACGCAGUGGAUUUCUGUGUAUAAUGCACGUCGGCCCAUGAAGCAAAGAUACCACUAUAAUGUUGCAGAUUCAAGACUCCAUCAGCAUGUCGAGAAGGGUAAUGAAGAUGGCUUGUAUAUUAGCUGUGUGGCUUCUGCUGCUAAUCUUUGGGCCUUGAUCAUGGAUGCGGGAACAGGUUUCUCGUCACAGGUCUAUGAGCUUUCAGCUGUUUUUCUUCACAAGGAUUGGAUUAUGGAACAAUGGGAAAAAAACUAUUACAUCAGUUCUAUAGCUGGUGCAGCUAAUGGGAGUUCAUUGGUUGUUAUGUCUAAAGGAACUCCAUACACCCAACAGUCUUAUAAAGUUAGUGAAUCAUUUCCAUUCAAGUGGAUUAAUAAAAAGUGGAAAGAAGGCUUUCAUGUUACUUCCAUGACUACAGCUGGCAGUCGCUGGGGUGUAGUAAUGUCCAGAAAUUCCGGAUAUUCAGAGCAGGUUGUUGAGCUUGAUUUUCUCUAUCCUAGUGAGGGAAUCCAUCGCAGAUGGGAAAGUGGGUAUAGAAUAACUUCAAUGGCUGCUACUGCUGAUCAAGCAGCUUUCAUACUUAGCAUUCCCAGACGGAAGAUGGUGGAUGAGACACAGGAGACUCUUCGCACGUCAGCAUUUCCAAGCAACCAUGUGAAGGAAAAGUGGUCCAAGAAUCUCUACAUUGCAUCAAUAUGUUAUGGUCGUACUGUCUGUUGAAGCUGUUGAGUACCUGUAUUUGUUUUGAAGAUGGGGUCAAAAUUUCAAAAGCUGAGAUCCUCAGCUUUAGAUCUCAUACACUUGGGCAAAAUUAAGCGAGUCUGGAUGACCGCCUUUUAUAGCCUGUAAAAAUUACCUCUUGUGUUCUCUUUUAAAUGUGACAAGUACCCUGGGAAAAGAUUAUGUAACUGGCUAGUGGGUGGGACAUAAGCUGGGGGUGACAAAAUAUUAUUAUGUUGUGAGCCUAUGUUUUUGCACGGGGAAUUGUAAUGGGAGUCGAGUUCUUAAGUCUUUGAUCCCUGGCUUGUAAUAUUAUGAAAUUCCAAUUGUGGGGAGAAGUAUGUGGAUGCUAUUCUAUCUGGUGUGGAUGUGGUUGGGUUGAUGCUGAGAGAUUGAUUGCAUCGAUCAAAUAUUUAGGUUCGA